AUGGGGGUGCCGAACGACGAUAACGACGGCGAAGCAUGGGCCACCGGCCAGCAGAUCGCUGCGCGGCUACCGAGACUGGACGGCGUGGAACCUGACCAUCCUGUGGUCGCCUGCGGGCUACUCGUCGACGUCGCGGCGAGGGCUGGGGUUCUCGCGAUGCCCUCAGAGACGGCGGUGGGGCUAAACCUUGAAGGAGCGCCGAUGAUGACGCGGCGGGUCGAUGGCGAUGAGGAUCGUUUCGAAUACUCCCCAACUGCCGCAUCGAUAUUGCUCGAGUAUCUCACCGAGCACCCCGAGAUCGCGCGUGGGGUGUGCAACUCCGCGCACAAGGCACCGGACGGCGACGAAUUUCGUUGCGGGAAGUUCAUCCGUGGGGUGUCCGCCGAGGCGGCGGCCGCGGCGAUGGCUUGGAGGAAGAGCAAGCUACCCGCAGAAAUCAUCAAGCUGGACAGUCUCGCGGAGCCUCCCAACCCUUGGAAGAAAGCCGAGUCCGCAAAGCAUGGUACCGAGCAGACCGAGAUGGAUGCGUCAAAGAGGGAAAAAAAGCAGAGGAAGGAGAGGGAGAAGAAGGAGGGGAAGGCAGCCGAGAAGAAGCCGCCGGUGGUGCUGGUGCCCGCCGAGGCUCCCGCCGUGCCCGCAUGGGGAGGUUCUGCAUCCGCAAAGCCUCCGCCCGCAGCGAGUAUGUCGCAGAUCCUCAAGGAGCAGUCCACCAGAACGGUGGCAAAGCAACCGCAUCCGGCUGCGAGCAGGACCCCAGGAAUAAUUCGCCUCCCCAAGGGCGGGGCUGCACCGGCGAGCAGACCGGGUGGCGGCGGUGGAUGGGCGGAUAUCCUGCGAGACCGACCCACGGAGGGUGGAUCGACCACCGCGUGGGACGUGCAGUCGCCGGACAUCCCGAGUCUUGGACUAACCCAGCGCCCUGCGCCUCCCAAGCUGCCAGAGGUGACCCCCGAGCGACUUUCAGCCGAGGCCCGCAAGUCAAAGGUGGAUCAAUUCGGUAAGGUGCGGUGUCUGGUGUGCGGUAAGACGUUUGGCUCGCACAAACCGCUGGAGCAGCACCUGGCCGCGUCCCACUUCGGUUUGAACUCGAUGGAGGCCAAGGCGCUGGAGGCCAAGCUGGUCGCCGCGGGCGUGCACAUCCCGGGCGACGGGUCGGAGAAGACCAAGCCCGACCGGAUGGCCAUCCAAUUCGGUGAGAUCCUGGACCAGCCGAGGUCAAGGCCGGGGGAUGCGCCCAUCGCAAACCUGGCGACGUCCCUCGCCGCGUACAUUCGAGAGACCCCGAAGAAGAAAGAAAAACGUGCCGCGGCGAUUGGCGCGACGGGGAGGAUGAGGCAUGGAGGUCAGAUGGUGAUGAACCCGAAUCAGGCUUCGAGCAGCGGUCUCGUUCAUCGACGCGGUAAGGAGAGGAUAGACGGUAAAAAGAAGAAGCCGAUGACCAAGCUGAAGAAGAUCAUCCUCAGCGACCGUGCGGCGCGGCUGGAGAGGGAGGAGAAGGCAAAGAACGAGAGGGAGAUGAACGAAAAGGAAACCGGGGAGAAGGAGGCGGAGGACGACAAGGAGGAGGCUGUCAUGGAGUUGGAGGUGACCGUCGAGGUUGCCCGAGGUGCAGAAAACGAAGAAUAG